AUGCUAUCAGCCAAGACACCUGCAACGCCAGCUGAACGAGUGGCAUAUAAGUAUGAUACAAAAACGUUGUUAUGGCUUGCGCACAGUCCGUUAGUGUGUAUGCCGGAAGGCAUGGUGCCACUGGAAGUAUGGUAUGGAUCAUGGAAACCAUAUACACCACGACCCUUUUCUUCAUCUUUGCAGCAGGCGGGGCAGCGAGAUGGACGGAAGGAUGGCCGCGAUGGGUUGCAUGAGGGUAUGAAUGCGACGUCAAGCCGGCGGGAACCACAACUACGUGGACGCCGUGGUCAGCUUGAUGAUGCUGGCUCGGAGCGACGUAAUGUGGGCUUCAAGCCAGCGGACUUUGUUCCCGCCACGUCCACAAACUCGCGCACGCGCACCGGCAGCAGCAAAUCUGACGCCGGCUCUAAAAAUGUGGAAGACGAUGGGCGGACCUGGCGACGAACGAAUGAGGCUGCGACAUUGGCCGUACCAUUGCACUCGUCAUCAGCAUCUACAUCAGAUGCUGCUUCUUCGGGAUCUGUGACAUCGGCGCUGGCGCCCAUGGAUGCACAUGGUCCCAAAAGCAUGCCGGAAUGGAUGCAGGAUGAGGCCCACGUGGCCAAAGAUGCUCCUGCUCGUUCGCAGUCAUCGCGCUCAACGCCUGCGCCCACGGGGGUCGAGUCGAUCGAAGCUUUCAAAGCGCAGAUGCGUGAGAAGGACCGCCGUGAAGCUGCUGAACGCGGCGACUCAAACGCGCGCAGCGAGCUUCGUGGUGCGCGUUCAGAGCGUAGCAUGUAUCAGGACCUGGCGCAUGAAGAGACCGAAAGUGAGCAUAGCAGUCGUUUUGCACGCUUCUUCGACGUGAAGGGCGAGACGAGAAGCCCACAGAGCGGCACAUCGUCACCAUCCGUGAACAAGUCCCUAGAUCUUUUUGGCAUGUUCCAGAGUCUCAAGUCGCGCGAUACCGACAAGAGUUUAGACGCUACGACUUCAACAGGGACCAAAGAUGUUGGCACUCCAUCCAUGACGGCUACCAACACUGCAUCGCCGUUGAGUCAGUCCGCCCCUGAGGCAUCGGCGCCCCUCUCUACAUCACCCGCGGUCACACAUGCACAGCCGCCUGCGUCUUCAACAGCGUCUUCAGUCUCAUCGGCGGCGGCGGCUCCUUCGCUUGCGGCUGGCGCUGCAUCGUUCCCACGCACGUACUCAAGGCCUGCAUCAGAGUCGCCAUCACCCUUACAAACACCAGCCUCAACGGUACCUUCCCAGAGUACUCUGCCUACACAUCCGACACUGCUGCAGCCAACCAUGGAUCGAUUCGCAUCGAGCGCAUCCGCGCCAUCGUUUCCUGGUAGUUCCAGUGCCCAUGCCUAUACAAAUGCCAACAUAAGCAGCGCGGCGCCCAAGCCGAGUGCUGCUGACAUGGCCUCUAUGCAGGUUCUGAUGGCAAAGCUGAUGAAAUCUCGCGCGCAAGCCGGUAGCUCCAGUACGUCGGCGAAGGAUGCGUCCUCUCCGCUCGCCUCGUCAUCGCUGUCACCAGCCGCUGUAUCUACGCCUGAUGGCCACACCUCGAGUCCGUCACUACCGGCUCAACCACCCCCAGGUAUCGGUGGUGUCCCGCCAGGACUUGGCGGCCUACCAAGGCGGACGGGUGCUGCCAUGCCACCACCGCCAGGCAUUGCUGGGCCGCCCCUGGGUAUGGGUGCAUCUCAUGCCUCCUAUGUGUCACCAGGACAUUCUGUACGUCCUCCAACUUCAUCGAACGCUGCGUCGCCACAUGCAGUGACAUCCUCAUCGCCAUCAUCCUCGUCACAUGCCGCAUCAGGCACAGCAGCAGCUCCUAUGACGUCGAUGGCGUUCUUGCAAUCUCUCUUACAGCCAUCGACGCGGUCUAUGCUUCAAGUACCGCCAAAUGCACCACCAGCUGCUUUUCCACCGCCACAUCCUGGCAUGUAUGCGAAGAAUCCGCCAUGGGCUGGUUUGCCUCAUGCCGCCCCUCCUCUACCGCCUCCAGGGCUGGGAUCUGUGUCACCACAUGAUCUUUCACGACCAACGCAGCCUCCUUGUCCUCCUCCUCCUCCUCCUCCUGGCAUGAGCCAACCGCCAGGGAUCGCCGGCAGUGCUGGCGUUCGACCUGCCUCUCCAGCUCCCUGGCUCGAGGAGGCGUCCCGUACUCAACGACCACAGGAUUCAUAG